CGAACUCUUGGCCGCUGCGGACGUGUGUUGGAGCCCUCGCCGCCCGUUUCGAUUCGAAUUCGAGUGUGCUGUGCAAUAAUUGGAAAUCAUGGGAUCUCAGCUGAGUAAAAAUUAAAGUGUGAACCAAAUGUACAACCGAACCACUGUGAUGAAACUCGAAAUAAUGCAAAAUUAAACCCAUGCUGUUAAAGUCAAUCCACAUCUCAAGUGUUAGUUUGCUUAAUUAAUUUAACAAUACAAACGCGUCGUAAUCGACCGAUUUUCGUGCACCACAAUAGCGAACAAACGGAUAAUAUAUAUAAUAAAUAAAAAGUGUUUGCAAUCAAUAUGAGUGUUCCAAGCGCGCCCCGUCAGAGGGCAGCACGCAAAAAUCGAGACCCAUGUCCCAGCCAAAAACACAAGCUCCGGCUUGCCCAUUUGCCCGGGGCAAUCUACGGGGGAGCCCUGCUGUUGCUACUGAUUGGUCUCGGUCUGGAUCUGGGCUCCGUGCAUUGUUAUGAGAAAAUGUAUAGUCAGACUGAGAAGCAACGCUACGAUGGCUGGUAUAAUAACCUAGCACAUCCCGACUGGGGAUCCGUGGAUAGCCACCUGGUGCGGAAGGCGCCGCCCUCCUACUCGGAUGGGGUUUACUCGAUGGCAGGUGCCAAUCGACCCUCGACCCGCAGGCUCAGUCGCCUGUUUAUGCGGGGAAAGGACGGUCUGGGGUCAAAGUUCAACCGGACGGCCCUGCUGGCGUUCUUCGGCCAACUGGUGGCCAACGAGAUUGUGAUGGCCUCCGAGUCCGGGUGUCCCAUCGAGAUGCACCGCAUCGAGAUCGAGAAGUGUGACGAGAUGUACGACCGGGAGUGCCGCGGCGACAAGUACAUCCCAUUCCACCGGGCAGCCUACGAUCGGGAUACCGGACAGAGUCCGAAUGCCCCGAGGGAACAGAUAAAUCAAAUGACUGCUUGGAUUGAUGGCAGUUUCAUUUACAGCACCUCCGAGGCCUGGCUCAACGCCAUGCGCUCCUUCCACAAUGGCACCCUGCUCACCCAGAAGGAUGGAAAGCUGCCGGUGAGGAACACCAUGCGGGUGCCGCUCUUCAACAACCCGGUGCCGAGUGUCAUGAAGAUGCUCAGUCCGGAGCGGCUGUUUCUUCUUGGCGACCCGCGCACCAAUCAGAAUCCUGCGAUCCUCUCCUUCGCCAUUCUCUUCCUGCGCUGGCACAAUACGCUGGCCCAAAGGAUCAAGCGUCUGCAUCCGGAUUGGAGUGAUGAAGAUAUUUAUCAGAGGGCUCGCCAUACGGUGAUCGCCAGCCUGCAGAAUGUGAUAGUCUACGAGUACCUGCCCGCCUUUCUGGGCACCUCUUUGCCACCUUAUGAGGGGUAUAAGCAGGACAUACAUCCUGGCAUUGGGCACAUUUUCCAGGCAGCCGCCUUUCGAUUUGGCCACACGAUGAUUCCACCGGGAAUUUACAGACGAGAUGGUCAGUGCAACUUUAAGGAAACGCCGAUGGGCUAUCCGGCUGUCAGACUGUGCUCCACUUGGUGGGACUCCAGCGGCUUUUUCGCCGACACCAGCGUGGAGGAGGUGCUCAUGGGCCUGGCCUCGCAAAUAUCCGAACGCGAGGAUCCCGUUCUCUGCUCAGAUGUGAGGGACAAACUCUUCGGACCCAUGGAAUUUACACGUCGUGAUCUGGGGGCUCUGAAUAUAAUGCGAGGUCGCGACAACGGUUUGCCCGAUUACAAUACAGCGAGGGAGUCCUACGGCCUGAAAAGACACCAGACAUGGACGGAUAUUAAUCCCCCGCUGUUCGAAACGCAGCCUGAGCUCUUGGACAUGCUCAAGGAGGCGUAUGACAACCAGCUGGACGAUGUGGAUGUCUAUGUGGGCGGUAUGCUGGAGUCCUAUGGCCAACCGGGUGAAUUCUUUACGGCUGUGAUCAAGGAGCAGUUCAUGCGACUACGGGACGCCGAUCGUUUCUGGUUCGAAAACGAGAGAAACGGGAUUUUCACGCCGGAGGAGAUUGCGGAGCUGCGCAAGAUCACGCUGUGGGACAUCAUCGUGAACAGUACGGAUGUGGCCGAGAAUGAGAUCCAAAAGGAUGUGUUUAUGUGGCACACGGGAGAUCCCUGCCCCCAGCCAAUGCAACUGAAUGCCACCGAAUUGGAGCCGUGCACCUAUCUGGAGGGCUACGACUACUUCUCCGGCUCGGAACUGAUGUUCAUCUAUGUGUGCGUAUUCCUGGGAUUUGUGCCAAUUCUAUGUGCAGGAGCUGGUUACUGUGUCGUUAAGCUGCAGAACAGCAAGCGUCGGCGGUUGAAGAUCCGCCAGGAGGCCUUAAGGGCACCCCAGCACAAGGGAUCGGUGGACAAAAUGCUGGCCAGGGAGUGGCUGCACGCAAACCAUAAGCGACUGGUGACCGUGAAAUUUGGCCCAGAGGCGGCUAUCUAUACGGUGGACCGGAAGGGUGAGAAGCUGCGCACCUUCAGCCUGAAGCACGUGGAUGUGGUCAGUGUAGAGGAGUCGGCCACGAAUCACAUUAAGAAGAAGCCGUAUAUCCUGCUGCGAGUGCCCAGUGAUCAUGACUUGGUCCUAGAGCUGGAAUCCUACGGGGCACGCCGAAAGUUCGUGAAGAAGCUGGAGGAUUUCCUGCUGCUGCACAAGAAGGAGAUGACCCUGAUGGAAGUCAACAGGGACAUCAUGUUGGCGCGGGCGGAGACGCGGGAGCGGCGCCAGAAGCGUCUGGAGUACUUCUUCCGGGAGGCCUACGCCCUGACCUUUGGCCUACGACCCGGCGAACGACGAAGACGAUCGGAUGCCUCCAGCGAUGGCGAGGUGAUGACCGUGAUGCGGACCAGUCUCUCCAAGGCGGAGUUUGCCGCCGCCUUGGGCAUGAAGCCCAACGAUAUGUUUGUGCGCAAGAUGUUCAACAUUGUGGAUAAGGAUCAGGAUGGGCGGAUCAGCUUCCAGGAGUUUCUCGAAACCGUGGUGCUCUUCUCCCGUGGAAAAACAGACGACAAGCUGCGCAUCAUCUUUGAUAUGUGCGAUAAUGAUCGCAACGGAGUCAUAGACAAAGGCGAGCUUAGUGAGAUGAUGCGAUCGCUGGUGGAGAUUGCUAGGACUACGAGUCUGGGCGAUGACCAGGUCACCGAGCUGAUUGACGGCAUGUUCCAGGAUGUGGGAUUGGAGCACAAGAACCACCUGACCUACCAGGACUUUAAGCUGAUGAUGAAGGAGUACAAGGGUGACUUUGUGGCCAUUGGGCUGGACUGCAAGGGAGCCAAGCAGAACUUCCUGGACACCUCGACGAAUGUGGCCCGGAUGACCUCGUUUAACAUCGAACCGAUGCAGGACAAGCCACGGCACUGGCUGCUGGCCAAGUGGGAUGCCUACAUCACGUUCCUCGAGGAGAAUCGCCAGAACAUCUUCUACUUGUUCCUCUUCUACGUGGUCACCAUCGUCCUGUUCGUGGAGCGCUUCAUCCACUACUCUUUCAUGGCAGAGCACACCGAUCUGCGGCACAUCAUGGGCGUGGGAAUCGCCAUCACCAGGGGAUCCGCCGCCUCGCUCUCCUUCUGCUAUUCCCUGCUGCUGCUGACCAUGUCCAGGAAUCUGAUUACCAAGUUGAAGGAAUUCCCCAUCCAGCAGUACAUUCCCCUGGACUCGCACAUCCAGUUCCACAAGAUUGCCGCCUGCACGGCGCUCUUCUUUUCGGUGCUUCACACGGUGGGUCACAUAGUGAACUUCUACCACGUGUCCACGCAGUCGCAUGAGAACCUGAGAUGUCUCACCAGGGAGGUGCACUUUGCCUCGGAUUACAAGCCGGACAUCACCUUUUGGCUAUUCCAGACGGUCACGGGAACCACAGGUGUUAUGCUGUUCAUCAUUAUGUGCAUUAUCUUUGUGUUUGCUCAUCCCACGAUCCGAAAGAAGGCCUACAACUACUUCUGGAAUAUGCACACCCUGUACAUUGGUCUGUACCUGCUGAGUCUGAUCCACGGAUUGGCCCGACUGACGGGACCGCCCCGUUUCUGGAUGUUCUUCCUCGGACCCGGCAUUGUAUACACGCUGGACAAGAUCGUCUCGCUGCGCACCAAGUACAUGGCCCUGGACGUGAUUGAUACGGAUCUGUUGCCCUCCGAUGUGAUCAAGAUUAAGUUCUACCGGCCGCCCAACCUAAAGUACCUUUCUGGUCAAUGGGUGAGGCUGUCGUGCACCGCCUUCCGGCCGCACGAGAUGCACAGCUUCACGCUGACCUCGGCGCCGCACGAAAACUGCCUCAGUUGCCACAUCAAGGCCCAGGGUCCAUGGACGUGGAAGCUGCGCAACUACUUCGAUCCCUGCAACUACAAUCCGGAGGAUCAGCCCAAGAUCCGCAUCGAGGGGCCGUUCGGAGGCGGCAACCAGGACUGGUACAAGUUCGAGGUGGCCGUGAUGGUGGGCGGCGGCAUUGGGGUCACCCCGUAUGCCUCCAUUCUCAACGAUCUGGUUUUCGGCACCAGUACCAAUCGAUACUCGGGCGUGGCCUGCAAAAAGGUGUACUUCCUGUGGAUCUGCCCGUCUCACAAGCACUUCGAGUGGUUCAUCGAUGUGCUGCGCGACGUGGAGAAGAAGGAUGUGACCAAUGUCCUGGAGAUACACAUUUUCAUCACGCAGUUCUUCCAUAAGUUCGAUCUGCGAACGACAAUGCUGUACAUCUGUGAGAACCACUUCCAACGGCUGUCGAAGACCUCAAUAUUCACGGGUCUUAAGGCGGUCAAUCAUUUCGGUCGCCCGGACAUGUCCAGUUUCUUGAAGUUCGUCCAAAAGAAGCACUCCUAUGUCUCCAAAAUAGGUGUCUUCUCCUGCGGUCCUCGACCGCUGACCAAAAGCGUGAUGUCUGCCUGUGAUGAAGUGAAUAAAACGCGCAAGUUGCCCUAUUUCAUUCACCACUUUGAAAACUUUGGAUAAAUCAGCGACUUCGUUACCCAUUUACACCUGCCAACUUCCCCCGUCGCCCUCGUUUUACCUGCCUGUCUCUCUCAACGAAAGUUAAUUGUAAUCUUAAGGUUCAUUCAUUAGUUUUAGCGAAUUCGUGCUUAACUCGCUAUUCCUUAAUCGUAGGCUACUCGUACAAUCAUAAUUUAGUCAAGUUUUGUUUAGUGCAUUAUGCAAAUGUAUUCCAUUGUAACAAAAUCACUGCAAUCACAGCAAGAACAACAAAAAGGCCUCUACUUAUAUAUGUGUAUGUAUGUAUAUGUGUAUUUAUUGAAAAUAUGAUUUGUUAUCAGUUUUUGUAAACCGUUCACAUUAUUUAUUAAAAUUUACAAUUAUCUUUAUGCGUAAA